UUUUUAAAGAGAGGAAACUUCAGAUGCACAAACAGUUCUGUUGGAGUGGAAACACAACUUAGUAGUCUAGCAUCAAUUACUCAAGUUCUUGAUCCAAAGCUUCAUCAACAUUUAGAGACACUGGGCGGAGGUGAUUAUUUAUUUGCAUUCCGUAUGCUUAUGGUCUUGUUCCGUCGUGAAUUCUCAUUUGGCGAUUCAUUGUACCUUUGGGAGAUGAUGUGGGCCCUGGAGUAUGAUCCUGAUCUAUUCACAAUGUAUGAAGAGCCUCUAGAUUUAGCAAGUGAAAAAGGUGAGGAAUCUAAAGGAAAAGUGAAGCCAAUUAACCAAUUUGGGAAGUUUGAGAGGGAUAAUAUGAAAUGUGGAGGAAAGAAUGCGGAAGCUCCUCCUAUUUCAGUUUUUCUUGUUGCUAGCGUCUUGAAAGACAAGAGUUCAAAGCUACUAGCAGAAGCACGGGGUCUUGAUGACGUUGUAAAGAUAUUGAAUGACAUAAGUGGAAACUUGGAUGCCAGAAAAGCAUGCAAUGGAGCAAUAAAACUUCACAAAAAGUAUCUUAAAAAGGCAAAUAAGACGUAACCUUGAGGUAAAGCAAACUUCAGGAGAUGCUAAAAUUCAUCUUUUCAGCCUAUUCCAUGGAAUGGUAGAAGUUUUUAUGCUCAACAUCCUGAGUUGGCAAAUGAAUAAUUAAUAACAUCAAGAUAAAUCUUGGCUUAAAGUAGACUCACAAUUAAUUCCCCCAACCAACAGAAUCCAAGAGAUGUAAUUUUUCCAUUCAUUGAUUUGUAUAUCCAAACUUUUUGUCUUAUGUUGUAUUAUUAUCUUAUGAGAAAUUUGUUUGUUUGUUUGUUU